GGGUACCGGGAGCUGGGGCCCAACUCCUACAAAACGAAGGGCGUCGUCUGGUGUAGACCUACGGAGCUGUGUUCCUGUCCGCGGUUCAUCGCCGGAGGAGCCACGCGCACCGACAUCUGCCAAGGAGCCCUGGGGGACUGCUGGCUCUUGGCAGCUAUUGCUUCCCUCACCCUGAAUGAAGAAAUUCUGGCCCGUGUUGUUCCCAGAGACCAGAGCUUCCAGGAUGAAUAUGCAGGAAUCUUCCACUUCCAGUUCUGGCAGUAUGGAGAGUGGGUGGACGUUGUGGUGGAUGACCGGCUGCCCACCAAGAAUGGGGAGCUGCUCUUCGUGCACUCAGCGGAGGGCAGCGAGUUCUGGAGCGCGUUGCUGGAGAAGGCCUAUGCCAAGCUGAAUGGAUCAUACGAGGCUCUCUCCGGUGGCACCACCACUGAAGGCUUUGAGGACUUCACUGGUGGGAUUGCAGAAUGGUAUGAGCUGCAGAAGGCACCACCCAACCUCUUCAAAAUCAUUCAGAAAGCACUGCAGAAAGGCUCGCUCCUUGGCUGCUCCAUCGAUAUCACCAGUGCAGCUGAGACGGAGGCAGUCACAUCGCAGAAACUGGUGAAGGGACACGCGUACUCCGUCACUGGGGCAGAGGAGGUGAACUUCCGUGGAAGUAUCCAGAAGCUCAUCAGAAUCCGAAAUCCCUGGGGGGAAGUGGAGUGGACAGGGAAAUGGAAUGAUAACUGCCCAAACUGGAGUGGUGUUGACCCAGAGGUGCGGGAGCGGCUGACGAGGAGACAUGAAGAUGGGGAGUUUUGGAUGGCCUUCAAUGACUUUCUGAGGCACUACUCCCGCCUGGAAAUCUGCAAUCUGACUCCAGACACUCUGUCAAGUGACAGGUACAAGAAGUGGAGCUUGCUGAAGCUGGAUGGAAACUGGAGGCGAGGAGCUACUGCGGGGGGCUGCAGGAAUUACCCAAACACUUUCUGGACGAAUCCGCAGUAUUUAAUUAAGCUGGAGGAAGAAGAUGAGGAUCCUGAUGAUCCUGAGGGAGGCUGCACAUUUCUUAUUGGCCUGAUUCAGAAGCAUCGGAGGAAGCAGAGGAAGAUGGGAGAGGACAUGCAUACCAUUGGCUUUGCAAUUUAUGAGGUGCCCCCAGAGUUUUCUGGCCAGACGAAUAUUCAUCUGAGCAAAAAUUUUUUCCUGACUAACAAAGCAAGAGAAAAAUCCAACACCUUCAUCAACCUCCGGGAAGUGCUGAAUCGGUUCAAGCUCCCCGCGGGAGAAUACAUCAUUGUGCCCUCUACCUUUGAACCCAACUUGAAUGGAGACUUCUGCCUCCGAGUCUUCUCCGAGAAAAACGCAAACUCAGCGGUUAUAGAUGAUGAAAUAGAGGCCAACUUUGAAGAGACUGAGAUCAGUGAAGAUGACAUUGAGCCUAGCUUCAAAAAGCUUUUUGGGCAGCUGGCAGGAAGCGAUGCAGAGAUCUCUGCCUUCGAGCUGCGCAGCAUCCUGAAUAAAAUCUUGGCUAAGCGCCAAGAUAUUAAAUCUGAUGGCUUUAGCAUCGAGACAUGCAAAAUAAUGGUUGACCUGCUAGAUAAUGAUGGGAGUGGAAAACUGGGGCUGAAGGAGUUCCACACACUCUGGACAAAGAUUCAGAAAUAUCAGAAAAUUUACAGGGAAAUUGACGUGGAUCGAUCUGGAACUAUGAAUUCAUAUGAGAUGAGGAGAGCACUGGAAGCUGCAGGGUUCAAGUUGAAUGGCCAGUUACAUCAAAUCAUUGUGGCUCGGUUUGCUGAUGAAGACCUCAUCAUUGACUUCGAUAAUUUUGUCCGGUGCUUGAUUCGGCUGGAAACCUUGUUUAAAAUGUUUAGAAAACUGGAUACCGAGAAAACUGGGACAAUAGAAUUGAACCUCAUUAAUUGGCUCUUCUUCACUAUCAUUUGAACUACUGCCAUCAGCCCAAGAUGCUUCAAAAAGAUGAAGAUCAGCUGAAGACGAUCAAACAGCACACAAAGCAAAAAAUACAUAUAUGCUAAAUUACACGUGCCUUAACUUACAAGAGGGAACUUUGCACACGCUUAUGAGGAGGAAAAAGCUAAUUCCAUGGCAGAAGAAUCUGCAACCUUGUUUAAUAGGUUUAAUAGUCUUUAUAUAAUCCUAUGUACCCUCUGUACAGCUUUAUUACUGUAUAAAUCCUCAGUGCAACUUCUGAAAAUAUUUCUUUACUAAUAUCUUCCUGUGUAAUGUGGGAAGAUCAUUAUGCUUGAAUAAGGGCUUUUGUAAUAGCAGCACCACAAAGUCCCGCAUAUCUGAAAAGGGAUGGUAUUGCAACAUCACAUAACACGGGUGUUCAGGUCAGACCUGGGGCCCUGCAUGUUUUCUGUUAAGCUUCAGCAUUAUUCAUUCAGGUUAAAUAUUUUUUGAAGGACUUGAGUAGCAAGUAACACAUUUAAGCAAACUGAAGACAAGUCUCUGCGUCCUGACCAUUGAUAUCCCUGGAGAGGGAAAAGGCUGUCAGCAACUCAGCCCUCAGAUAAAGCACAUGCUCUCAGGUCUUGAGUUCCUGCAUCUUUUUUUAAUCUUCCUUUGAAAUACAAGUAUUUAAAUAAAAAGAUAACAGUGGAAAUAA